GGCUAAAGAGAGAGAGAAAUGUUUGUCAUAAAUAGUACACCAUAGGAUGGACGUAGUCGUUGCCCUAAAAACCGCACAGGCCCAUGCUGCUCGCUUAGACCCGCUGCCUCUUGACAUCGCAUGGUCACUUUCUCAUGUUUCCUCUUGCUUUGCGGUUGAGUAAAGACAGGAAAAUCCACCCAAAAUGCCGGAUAAGAAACCAUUUGAGCGGUUGCCUAAGACAGUCGUGCCGUCGAACUACAGGCUAAAACUUGAGCCCGAUCUCAAACAAUUCACCUUUGCAGGAGAUGUUGUUGUUUCCGUUUGUGUGAAUGAGGCGACAGCAAAAAUUGUGCUCAACUGUGUUGACAUCAAUAUUUCAAAGGCAUCAUUUGCUUCGGGAGGCAAAGAUGUCUCAACCAGUGACAUCAGCUACAGCAAGGACCAAGAGACAGCGACCCUGACAUUCCCCAACCCACUGGACACCGGUAAGGGGGAGCUGCUCCUCGAAUUCACCGGGGAGCUGAACGACAAGAUGAAGGGGUUCUACCGCAGUAAGUACACCACGCCGGAGGGAGAGGAACGCUACUGCGCCGUGACUCAGUUUGAGGCCACCGAUGCCAGGAGAGCAUUUCCAUGUUGGGAUGAGCCAGCCAUCAAGGCUACCUUUGACGUGACCCUAGUGGCGCCAACAGAUCGAGUUGCACUGUCCAACAUGAAUGUGAUCAGUGACAAGCCCAGCCCGGACAACCCUAACGUGAAGGUUGUGACCUUUGGCCAGACCCCUGUCAUGUCCACCUACCUGCUAGCCUUUGUGGUGGGCGAGUUUGACUACGUUGAGGGAAAGUCCCUAGAUGGUGUCUGCGUCAGAGUGUACACCCCUCUAGCCAAAAAAGAGCAAGGGCAGUUUGCGCUCGAGGUUGCGGUGAAGACACUGCCGUUCUACAAAGAUUACUUCAACGUGGCUUAUCCUCUACCCAAGAUUGAUCUGAUCGCCAUUCCAGACUUUGCAGCUGGUGCCAUGGAGAACUGGGGCCUUGUUACCUACAGGGAAACUGCUCUUUUAGUGGAUCCAAAGAAUUCAUCAGCAUCAGCUAAACAGUGGGUUGCCUUGGUUGUGGGCCACGAGCUCGCCCACCAGUGGUUUGGCAACCUCGUCACCAUGGAAUGGUGGACCCAUCUCUGGCUGAACGAGGGCUUUGCCUCCUGGAUCGAGUACCUGUGCGUCGACCAUUGCUUCCCCGAGUACGACAUCUGGACGCAGUUCAUAACGACCGAUUACACCCGGGCUCUGGGACUGGAUGCGUUGAAGAGCAGCCACCCUAUUGAGGUGCCUGUUGGUCAUCCAGAUGAGGUCGAUGAGAUCUUUGAUCUGAUCUCGUACUCCAAGGGCAGUUCCAUCAUCCGGAUGCUGCACAAUUACAUUGGGGAUGAGGCUUUCAGAAAAGGAAUGAACGUGUACCUGACACGCUUCAAGUACGCCAACACCUUCACAGAAGACCUGUGGGAAGUGCUGGGGGAGGCCAGUGGGAAAUGCAUCAAGGAGAUGAUGAGUACCUGGACUCUCCAGAUGGGGUUCCCCAUGCUGGAGGUAUCAUCAGAGCAGAAGGGUGCAUCCAGGGUGCUGACCAUCACACAGACCAAAUUCUGUGCAGAUGGGCCAAUGGAAGGUGAAAGCCCAAAGUGGAAGGUUCCGGUCAACAUCGCCACCAGUGCCGAUCCCAUCAAGCCCGCACUGACCGUCCUUCUAGACAAACCCAGCAUGACUGUCACCCUGGAGAAUGUUCAACCAGGCCAGUGGGUCAAGUUAAACCCUGGAACUGUUGGGUUCUACCGUGUGCACUACUCCAGUGAGAUGCUGGACGCCUUGCUGCCAGGAAUCAAGGAUGGGUCCAUGCCUCCCCGUGACAGACUGGGCCUGGAGAGUGACUUGUUUGCAUUGGCCAAGGCAGGCCAGGCCAAAACUGUGGACGUCUUGAAGGUCAUGGAGGCAUUCUCCAACGAGACCAACUACACGGUUUGGACAGAGCUGGCCACAAAUCUGGGCACCCUAUCCAAGCUGCUGACCCACACCGACUUUGGCCAUCUGCUGAAACAAUUCACCAAGACCCUGUUCGAGAACAUCUAUGAGAAGUUGGGAUGGACACCCAAGGAGGAUGAAGGGCAUCUUGACUCCAUGCUGCGGAGCCUGACCAUCCGAGUAAUGGGUCGCAACGGUCACGUCCACGCCAUCGAAGAGGCCAAUAAGCGUUUCAAGAAUCACUGCUCGGGCGGGGAACAGAUACCGGCAGACCUGCGAGCCCCAGUGUACCUCACUGUGUUAACCCACGGUGACCAGAGCUCAUUUGACGAAAUUCUGAAGCUUUUCAGGGCCCAAGAUCUCCAGGAGGAGAAGGAUCGAAUCCUGAGGACUCUGGGAUCCAUCAAGGACCCCCAGCUAAUGCAGAAAGUCUUGGAUUUCUCCCUCUCGGAGGAGGUGCGUUCCCAGGACACCAUCUUUGUGAUCGGUGGACUGACGGGUACCAAGGAAGGCCAGCAGCUGGCAUGGACGUUCCUGCAGCAGAAAUGGGAGGAGCUAGUAACCCGCUAUUCUGGGGGGUUCUUGCUGUCGCGGCUGGUGCAGUACUGUACCGAAGGCUUUGCCUCGGAGGAGAAGGCCCAGGAGGUGGAGGCAUUCUUCAAGGCACACGAGGCUCCGUCAGCCGAGCGGACGAUCAAGCAGUCAGUGGAGAACAUCCGCCUGAGUGCCCGAUGGCUGGACCGGGAUGCCUCAAGCAUCCAGGCCUGGCUCCAGACCAAAUCACAGCUGUAGACGGGGUUAUGGUUCCCUGUGAUAUUUGACACGAGAGAGUUGGGGGGGGGGAGAUCUUUGUAUUCCGCAACCAUUGCAUUGUAGUUUCGUGAAUAGUAUUGGCGUUAAAGACAAGAGAGCUAACUGUUUUGAAAUUCAUCUUCUCAGACUUGAAAUAACACCAUUUGCAUGGUAAGAAAUGGUAAGAUACUUGAAUAUCCAAGCAAAUAGACCUGAGUGUGAUUCACCCAUGUGAAUGUAACAUUUUCUGGGAAAAAAAAGGUUCACAGCAUCUCAUUUUUGUAGUUUUUUCUGCACUGUAACUCAGUGAAGCUGAAAUAAAAGGUUUUAAGUACAGCUCGCUAUCAGAGCAUUCAAGAUGUCACAAAAUAAAUUUUUGUUUUCAACUUAAAACACUGCAAUUGGAAUAUAGCGGUUAAGGAAGAUACACCAACUUCUAAUUUUUGCUUUUAACUGAAUGUAAUUGCAACAUAACCAAACAAAGUGCACUUGACAGACUGUUAGAAGUUUCUUUGUUGUUCAAGACAAUGUAUUCCACUCAGAGUCUAGAAACAUCGUAAAUAAUGUUUUGCAAGUUUUAAAAAACAAAUUUAACAUUUCUCAACAAUUUCACAAUCUUUCUUUAAAAUUCUGCAUGGCGCAUCUCUUAAUGCAUGGUCAUUAUGUCUUAUUUCCCCACCAGAAAAGCAAAACAGUUCCUUGCUCGCUGUUAAAAGUCAUUAAAAUGGUCCAAGAGAGUAUUUCCUUGAAUGUGACUGCACGAUAUUGUGUUCAGUGAACCAUACUGCAGUAGUCAGUGUGGAAGUGAUUACGUGUAUUCAACUUCACAGAGGAUAGAACUGUUUCUAGAAGCAGAUCACUAAUAUGGCCAUACAUCAUUGGCACCUUUUAAGAUUUUUCUUCAUUUGGAAACCUGUAAAAUCAGUUUUUGAUUUCAGUUUGCUGCAAAGCAGUGUGACCAUUUUUGAGCCUGAAAAUUUUGUCGAAUUUGACAUCAGCCUUGUUUAGCUUGAAGCACUCAUCAGUCAGUUUUAGUAGCUUUUAUAAUCAAGAUUGGUCAUUAAGCCUGCAUCAUGCUCCAUCCUUAGGGACAUAUAAAUAUUAUAUUGCUAGUCACUUACUGUCAAGAUAACACUUCAAAAGUACAUUACUUGGACAUACAUACUGAUAACAAUGCACUCUUGACAGUUUCUUUUAUUUUGUGGAAUGAAAUAUUGCAAGAAGUUCAAGAUGUGUAUUGAAAUAUCCAACUGUUGCUAGUUUGUGUUUUUUUUUUACUACAGAAUGGGACUUUCCAAUCUUCUCACUCACUUCAGUACAACAGACCAUCAGUUAUGUACUAAAGUUGCUGCAUGAGUAUAAUCCAGAUAGUAUUUGCUGCACAAAGUCUUCUUUACAAGCUCAUUAUUCACUAGAAUAAUAGUGCAAACUUCUCAUAAUUCUUUUAAUUAAUACAAGUAUAACGUGCUGAGCUGAGAACUCUUCAAGCUAGCCAAGAUGGACAUUGAAUGUGUCACAGUUUGGGAAUAUCAAGUAAGAGGGGGAAAAAGGAUUUCUGAUAUGCAUUCCAAGUGUGGCACUUUAAACAUUUAUUGAUGAUUGAUAAAUGAUCUCGAUAAAAUAUUAAUUGCUUAUUACACCAA